CGCAUGCGCAAACUUGUCAAAAUUCCAACAUGGACGAAAAAUAACAAACAACCAGCUGUCAACCAAGUUAACUGACUGUUUUCUACUCAUGCAAAAUGGCAUGAGACUUUUUUCUUGCAAGUAUCCAUCAUGGCUGAUAACACAGGAUGGACGUAGGGAAUGACCACGCUGAUGGCAGUCAAGUCAGCCUGAGAGGCAAGCCUCCCGCUAAAGGGCGUAAAAAGAAAAGUGCAGCAGCCAAAUUAGCUGAAAGAAAAAGACGUGACUCUGAAUGUGGAAGUGAAUAUGGUUCAACUGUGUCACUGCAGCGUGGCGAUAGUUUAGAGAAAGAGUCACCCCAAAAACCUACGGGUUCUGAUCCGCCUACGAUAAGUGGUUCUCGUGAAAAUAUAAAAAGUAAGACAAGUAAUUCUAGUGAGAAUAUCAAGAGUUCAAGUAAACGUGAAAGAAAGAAGGGGAGUGGGGAUAAUUUAAAUACUGCCAAUGAGAUUAAUAAAGAUGAUAGUGAUAAUGUGAAUAAAAGUGAUGAUAAAAUUGUGAAUAAAGACAUACCUCCAAAACCAGUGCCAAGAAAAUUGAACAGGAGGAAACCAGUAGAAAGAAAUCCAUUUACAACUGAUGAAAUAGAGGAUGGAACGGUUGUAAGCAUUUAUGAAAAACGAGAGAAUAAUGUGCAAAUAAAUAGAACGAAACGGGAUUCAUCCCCAGUGGCUAAAAAAAGGGAUUCAACAAGUGACAAACCAGCAAAUGAAAAUACUAGUAAGUCAAGUGUGAAAAAAGAGUUGUUUCCUGAUAAAGCAAAUGGUUUAGAUUCAAAGACUGAUACAGUUUCUACUUUAUUGGGUCCAGGUAAGCCAAGGACUGGAUUAUCCCACUUGGGUGAUCUCCCUUCAUUAGGUGUUGUUCCUUCACGCAAUGUGAAAAACAUUGAAGUAUCACCCCCUGAGCAUAUGGACAUAGAUUACCACUCUGAUGAGGAUAAUGUUCAAAAUAAAAACAGUGAUAUAAUCAGCCAGAAGGCUCCUUCAGAUGCCACAGUGCAAAGAUUUCGGGCUAUGCGCAUGACUCCGGAUAGGUCAAGAUCUGAGGAAUCAUUAAAGAACGCAUUGUUUUCCCCUAAGCCCCCAACAACUCCAAGGUCUGCAAGGAAAAACUUCACAAAAGGUGAGAAACGCAACAGAGAAACAAACUCAUCUGGAGAGGAACAUGAUCAAGAAUCUAAGAAGCAGAAUUCUGUAAUAAGUGAUUUCCUUACUAACACAAGUUUAUCUAAUCUUCAAGCAGCUGAUAAAGAAAAGAUGGAUGUCAAUGAAGAGACUCAUGUUCAGCCUAAGAAGGGCUUAGUGAUUCAUCCAGAUGUCAAAGAGGUUAAAGAUAUAGCUGAACUUAAUGUGAAUCAAAAUAUGAACGAUCCUCAAGGUGCUGAAGAGAAUGUUGGUAAGAAAGUGGAUGGUACUGAGAAAAUUACCGAUAAUUCAGAAGCGAAAAAUAAUAUAUCGCCAGAAAAAAUUGCAUUUCUGCCAGUACCUGAUAGAGGAACACCAGAAAGUGUUGAUUCCGAUGGUAAAGGCAGCGUGUCAAGUACAGGCGAAAAGAAAGGAAAGAAAAAGGGUGGGAAAAGGAAUAAGGUGAAACCAGUUGCUCAUGCAAUAAAGCCUUUAGAUGGUAGUGAAUUUAAGAGUCCAGAGAAGUCACAUACUGGAACUUUUGGAUCGGCCUCUGACUUAAAAGCAAUAAGCGAAAACUAUGAAAAGAUGCUGGAGGACAGUCCAGAGAGAAAAACAACAGUGCCUAAACCAGGCAGCUCAGGUGUGGCAAUGGACAAGGUCAUUCCAGAACCAAAACCAAAUGCAGGCAAGCUUGCUCCAAUUCAACCGAAAAAUUUACCACCACCGCUUGGCCAGGAUGUUAAGUCUCAGUCCCUUCGUACAACAUACAAAGCCGAUCCUGCAUAUUCCAUGACCAAGUUCUUUGGGCGGUCAUUUUCAGGCACAUCUGAACGAGAUAAGAGCAAGCUUGAAGCUUUAUCCCAUAGGUCAUUGUCUACAGGGUCAGGACUGUACGCGUUACCAACGAAAGAGGCUAGGGACAGGAUGAAAGGAGGUAACCAUGCGGAAAUGCUGUCAAGUUCCGAGCUGGACCGAUAUUUCCCUGACAGAAAGGUUGGACUGUGGGUGGGGUCAUGGAACAUGGCGGAAAUCAAGGACUGCAAGGAGCCCAUUGAUGACUUCUUGCUGCCAGAACAGAGUGAAUACAUGCAGGACAUCUACGCCAUUGGCACUCAGGAAAACGCCAUGAGCAAGAAAGAGUGGGAGAUUCUACUGCAGGAGACUAUAGGCCCCACCCACGUCCUGUUUCAUUCGGCAUCACAUGGGGCAUUACAUUUGGCUGUGUUUAUACGAAGGGAUCUAAUCUGGUUCUGCACGGUUCCGGAAGAUGAUUUGGUCCAGACAAGGGCUGUUACCAUGGUGAAAACUAAAGGUGCUAUUGCCAUAGGGUUCCAGUUCUUCGGAACGUCAUUCCUCUUCAUUAACUCACAUUUUGCACCUGGAGAUGAGAAGAAGAAAGAGCGACUAGAUGACUUUAUAAAGAUCAGCAAGCAUUUAAACCUUCCCAAGCAGCUUAGUACUGGCUCACCAAAUGGCAAUCAUGCCUCAGAUGUGACCCAACGCUAUGACAGUGUGUUCUGGCUGGGAGAUCUGAAUUUCCGUAUUGAGGUCUACCAGGGCAAAGCAGCAGUGGAGAACAUUGUCAGCUAUAUAGAAGAGCAGGAACAUUCCAACUUUGAAGAUCUUGUGGCAGGGGACCAGCUUACAAAGCUAAUUGUUGAAGGGAGCAUUUUCCAAGGGUUCCAGGAAGGCAGGAUCAACUUCCGGCCCACAUACAAGUAUGAUAUCGGCCAGGACACAUUCGAUACCUCCUCCAAAAACAGGAUUCCUUCUUAUACUGAUCGAGUACUGUUUAGGGCCAAGAAAAAGAAUUCCAUAUCGUGUACCCACUACGAUUCCCCACGAAGUAUAACUAUCUCAGACCACCGACCAGUAUUCUCAAUAUUUGAUGUGGCCGUACAGCCUGCAAGAGAAUGCUCCAUUCCACUUGCUGCCGGCCAGUUUGAUAGACAGGUCUACACUGAAGCCAAUCGCCGGAGGUCCAUGAAAGUUGAUGUGAUUAAGACUUUACAGAACGAGAAAUCCAGUAAAAUGUGCUCAAUACAGUGAAGAUACUACAACACAAUGGAAGAGAGAGAUGGGGGUUAUUUGGGUAGUCAAUGAUUGCGGAUAAUAGUGUGUGGCUGUUUGCAUUGAUCAGGGUCAUUGCAAGAUCAGUUUUGCGUGUUUCUUUUUUUCAAGAAUAUUUUAAAUAUGAUUGAUUUGUAAAACACGUAAACACUUAAAGCUGUGCAGAACUAAAAAAAAAUGACAGUUACAUUAGCAACCAUAGUAUAACAAUACCUUUUUUGAAAAUGGCCAUCAAAUAACAGGAAAAGAUACAUGUAGCAACAAAGCCAGAUAUGGUCAGCGAGUAAUGGUUAUCAAAGGACUAAGAAAAGUAGGAGGUUUGUUGAAAUAAGACCUUAAAAGUUGUUAAGUAUGUUAAGGCAUUUAUAUUAUUGAGUAAAUCUUUAUAGAUAUUUUUGUGUUAAGAGUUAUAAGAUGUGCCAACUGUAAAUCAUUAAGGUUUUUUUUAUUUUCAUUGAUUUGGUUUUGUCAAUUUUGAUGUGGCCAUUUUCUUGCUGUCAAAAUAAAAUACCGGCUUGGAUGCAAAAUUCCUUAAGUUUAGAAAAUAUUUUGCUAAAUUUCGAAAAGUGACAGAUUUAUUUCCACCUCAUAAGAGUGGUAAUAUUUAUAGUGUUCAUUUUUUCCCUUCGUAUAGCCCCCACACAAUCUGCAACAAAUGGUUAUUUUUUUUUAGAAAUAUUUCCCAAAGAGAUUUAUUCUUGGACCACAUUGAUUCAGUGUCUUGUUUUUGAAUAAUCUUAAAUCUGAAUAAAUGUCAAGAAUGGCAGCGAAUGGAUUUUUUUAAUUCCUCAAUUUUAUGUUCAUUUUUAAUACUGGCUAUAGUUCAAUCCACUCAAAUAUGCGGCAAGAGAAUGCAACUACGACACAAAGAUAUUUUUAAUUUAUGACUUAAAGCUGCACACUCACAGAUUGAUCGUUUUUACAACUUUUUUAUUUUUUGUCUUGAAACGAGCCAAUUUUUGCGAAAAUCCAUGGAAACCAGUUAUAUAAGACUGCUGACAAAAAAUUAGAUUGCAGACUUUAUAUAUAAUUUAAAAAAAUGAUGUUUUCUUAUACUGUUAGUAACGGUUAAAGCCAUAAACAUUAAUUUUCAAACGGAAAUUUGAACAUCUAUGAUCUGAUUUUUUGUCAGCAAUCUUAUAUCAUUGGUUUUCAGAUAUUUACGCAAAAGAUUGCUCUUUCCUAGACAAGAAUAAAAAAAAGUUGUUGAAAUGGUCAAUCUGUGAGACUGCAGCUUUAAAAUCAACUAAGAUCUUAUCUAAAACGACCCCCAGCUGCUAAUUGGGCUACUAUAAAACUAUUAAGUUUUUGGUUUCGUUAAAGUUAUCCAAAAUGUUUAUUGAUUGGUCAAUAUUUAUCCAAUAAUAACUACUAACCAAUGGAAUUGUUUAAUGAGUCAUCUAGAUAAACUGUGGACAACUUAUUAAAGUUUUAAACAAUUGGCUGUAUAAAUUAUGUUUAAUACCAUGCAAAGUUUGAGCGCAAUAAGAUGGAGAAUGUCAGUACUGUGUUAAUUAGAAUGAAUGGUAUAUUUCAUAGGGCUUUUAGACGGUUGUACAUGAUGAUCAACUAUCUAUCUUUGUUAGAAGUAUUUACCUUGCACACAUAUGUAUGCUUAUAAUACCUUUGGAACUGUAAGAAACUGUAACUAAUGCUUGGUGAAAUGCCAUAUGUUUUCAAUUUAGAAAAAAAUACCUGAUACAACAAAUUAUGUUCAACUUGGAGAGUAAGAAUUUCCAAUGUAAGUCUGGUAUGUUGAAUCAUGUUAAAUAUAUGUUCCUUGAAUAUCAAACCUUAUUAAGACCUUUUCUUUUAUGUUUUCAGUAAAAUAUCAUGUUAUUUUCACUGCUGUUAUUUUAACUGCAGUUUAAAUAUCAAUUUUGAUAUUUUCACUGCUAUUUCAGAACUUUGUUCCUAUAUUGCUAAAUAUUGAUAAUGGAACAAUCACUAAGCUAGGUUUAAUGGUUUUGAAAUAUAUGUUUUCAAUCAUGGCUACCCCGCAUGUGAAAAUAUUACUUUCUGUUAUCACUCAGUUAAAUAAAUUUUGACUUUACACCGAAAUUCACCAAAUAUUCUUGAUUAUGCGUUUUUGCUUUCGAUUUUGCAUUUAAAGUAUUAAAAUCUAUAGGCCACCAUCCAUUUAUUUUUACAUGAAGUUGAAAAUGGCAUUUGUUGAAUAUUUUAUCAUUCAUGAAACAGCAUCCUCUUGUUUUGUCUGUGAUAAUUGUGUAUUUUACAUUUUCAUGUUUAUAAUAAUCAAGUGCUGUUUUUUUCAUUCUCAUUCUCAUGUAUAAACAUUUUGUUGUGGCAUUUAGGACAUUCCAUUUGUCAAGAGAUUCAUGUAGAUUUCACGUAAUUAUAUUUAUUUUGUAUUUAAUCACUUACAGUUAGUAAGUUUGUAAUUAAGGUAAAGAAGUUAGAUUUUACAAAUGAGUAUUGAUGUUAUUUUUUAUUGUCAGCAACCCUGCUACUGUAUUAAGCUCUAUGCUUGAUCAUGUACCUGGCAAAAAGUUAUUUCUUUGCUAGAAAAUUGUUUUGGCUUUAGAAAUUCAUGCAAAAAUUUCAAGAUAGCAUUGCAUUGUAGUUCAGAGUCACACCAAAACCACAAAAUGAGGGCAAUCCUACUUACUAAACAAAAUUAUUGAAAUGAAACUUUUUCAGUCACCUAAUUAUAAUGGUGUCUUGUAGGACUUACACAAAGUAUUUAUUUAAAAAAAAAAAUCCUACACAAAAUAUCAACAUUGAACACUCUGAAAUUCUUUAGUAUUGUCCACUUAAACAGGUGCAUUUAACAAAAACAUGAGCAGAUUCCUGUAUUAACACUUGAUAUUUUUCUGUUUAUUUGACUAUAAACAUUAAAAGAAAACUGACCUCAAUUAAGAAAUGAUACCAGGGGCCGUGAUUAUGAACAGCCUCAAGUCCAAGUCUAGACUCAGACAGACUCAGAAAAGCAUUUUGAUAAAGGAAGAAAAAAAUCAUAUUUAUUUCAUUUCUUUUACAAAAAAUAGGUAAAUGUUAGUGAAAUAUUCAAAUAGCGAUUUGUUUCAGCAAAUUUUACUAUCUGUGCCCUGAUAAAAGGAAAAUUACAAUGAAAUGAAGUUUUGCAAUAAUGAGUCUUGAGUCUGAACUCAGACUUGAGACUGUUCGUAAUCACUGCCCCAGAUGUUUUAUGAAUACCAACCCUUAGGACUUUAAAAUGCUUUUAGAUAAACACCGCAGACUUAAUCCAGACUGAGUGCAACUUUUCUUUAAGCAGCAUGUAUUUAUCUAUUUAAUAUACAAUAAAUUUAGUUUUUACUUAAGCUUUAGUAUAUUUUCCAGUUUUUUUCACUAAACAUUACUUUAAAAAACUGAAAAAAACAGGUCAUGUUAUAUUAUGAUUGUAUCAAGUUUAUUUUUACAACUCUCCGAAAAUAUUAAAAGUGGAGUGGUACAUGUAUAUCAAUCAUUUGUUCAUUCCUUGCUUAUCUUGAACUAUGACAACAUGUAUAGCCAGUGCACAGUUGCACUUUUCAUGCAUUGAGAUUUCACUUUGUGAACUACACUCAACAAAAUGUAUUAAGAGUCACCUGUACAAUAAAUUGUUGAAAUAUUAAUAUAGAACAAUUGACUUCAGAUCAAAGUCUGUUCAGAUGGUUGCUUACAGAAAUAUUUUAGAAAAUCACUUUUUUAUUAGGCCAUCAGAAUAUAAGUGUACAUUUUCAUGUAAUUUUAAUUUGAAAAAAUAUUUGAUUUUAUAACUGACCCUUAAUUUAUUGUGUUGAGUGUAUGUUGUUAGUGUAUAGUCAUAUUUUUCCGUCCUAUUUAUUUUAUACAAUACAUCAUGAGAAGGCUAUGAUGUUUUUUUAGUUAUUAUAGAUA